ACACACGAAUGAUCUACAUGACCUAGAGGCCUCUCUCUUGGCUCCUUUAUAAAAGGGACAUACCUCCCUCUGCAUCCAUGAUCUUUCUGGACCUCGCAGAAUUGCCCCUCCAACAGCAUCAGCACGCUCGUCGCCUGCGAGCGCUACAGUAGUGUGGUACUAUAGGUUCUUCUCUUUCUCUGUGGUCUUGCCGCGCGAUCUUCGAUCGUCUUUGCUAGUUUAUCCAGUAGUUGUACUUUGAAACUAGACAUAGGUGUAGCUAGUAGCUGGCUAGCUAGAGAUCUAGCUAAGCUAGGAGCUGCCUCUGAUCAUGUCUGCCAUCUACAUGAGUCAGCUCUCGGCUGCUCUCCCUCUCAUGGAGGUAGACCACCACCAUCGUCACCACCAGGAUCAUCACCAAGGCCACUUCCAAGCCUUCUCCCUGCAGCCCAAGGAUCCCCCAAUCUUGUUCCCCUUUGUGAUCAGCAGCAGCAGCAGCAGCAGCAGCAGCCUUAGUGACACCACCACUCUAAGUUAUGGUUCAGACCAUCACUUGAUGCAGCAGCAGCAGCAGCAUCGAGCCAUGCUUGAGCCCCAACACAUGAUUGGAGGAUCACCGGCUGGCAUCUUUGCGGCGCCGUUCCCGACCGUCGAGAGCAUCCGCGACGACAUGAUCGAGCGGUCGCCGUUCGAUCCAUACGAUACCGAGAAGCUGCAGGUGAACUGCGGAUCAGCCAAGGUGGUCACCGGCGGUGGCGGGUGGAGCGCGGUGCCGGCGGCCAAGAUGAAGAUCACGAGGAAGAUGGGUGAGCCGUCCGGUGUCACCAACGGGGCAGCGGCGGCGGCGCCAAAGAAGCCGAGGAGGAGGGCGCAGGCUUACGAGGAUCAUCACGGCCAUGGCGGCGGAGCCGGUGGCGGUGCGAUGGGCCAAGCCUUCGGCGUGAUUAGGGUGUGCUCCGACUGCAACACCACCAAGACGCCCCUGUGGAGGAGUGGCCCCUGCGGCCCCAAGUCGCUUUGCAACGCGUGCGGCAUCAGGCAGCGGAAGGCGCGGCGUGCGAUGAUGGCCUCUGGACCACCAGCGUCCCCCAACACCGGCGCCAAGGCGGCGGCCGCGCAGAGUGACGCCACCGUGGCUGCGCAGCCGAAGGUGAAGAAGGAGAAGAGAGCCGACGUUGACCGGUCGCUGCCGUUCAAGAAACGGUGCAAAAUUGUCCAGGUCCAGGACCAAACGCCACCCACCACAAACUCCGCCGCCGCCGGCGGCGGCAUGGAAGAGACGGCGGAGUCCGCCACCGCCGUCGCCCCAGCACCGCCGACGACGAGGGGCGGAACUCUCGUCGACAGCAUCGGCCUCAGCUGGAGCAAACCCCCUACUACCACGGCCGCAUCCUCCUGCAGCUUCCGGCCAUCACCGGUGGCUCCCUCCUUCGCGGCGGCGCCGUCGGUGCAGGACGAGAUCACGGACGCCGCCAUGCUGCUCAUGACGCUGUCCUGCGGGCUUGUCCGGAGCUGAAAGAUCCACCUGAUCCAGCAACCAUAUCCCUACUGGCGCCGUCGCAUGCACCCAUCCAUCCAUGAACCAUGAUCCAUCCAUCCAUCGAUCGAUGCCAAGCUUAGACGGCCAAUGGAUCGAGAGAGGCGCACGCGACGCCGCAGGCUUUUUGCAGCUAGUGCGUUAGACUGUUUUGCUCGCUCGCCCCCCAGUUGGGAUGUCUUGGCGUGUUGCUUCGUGUUUUGUUGCUACUGUUGUAAUAACCCUGGGCCACUGUGCAAGUCUUGCGAUCGAUCUGUUAUUACUUUUUGUGCAAUGUAUCAGAGAGAGUGUGAGUGUGAGUGUGAGUAACCGAGGUAGAAACAGCAAGAGGAGAUUAGAGGAGGAAUAAUUAAUUAAGGGAAAAAAGUGUGAACUGGCUAGCUAGCUAGAAUAUGGAUUUGGAUAUGAUCCACUGUGAGUUCAAUUUGGAGUUAGCCUCUUUGGCUGCUUCACGGCUAAAUUAUGCCACUGGCUGCUAUAUGUAUGUUAGUUCUUCCUUUUGCCUGAUAUAUCCUUUUUAGUUAUAUGGUAAACUUGAAGGUCGAUCUGGAGGUUGUGAUCAUAUCGUGACAUGAGUUGUUACUGUUCACUAGUACGUACUGGUCCAUGAAUUUUCUGGGAUUCUCAGUUGUCAUGUGCUUUAAUUUGUUUACGAAGGUGUGUCCUUUUUACUUA